AAUUACAUCAACAACAAAAGACAAAAGAACAGAACAAAUUUAGCAGAAAGGCACCAUUUGAAAUCAAUUCAAAUCAAAACUGCGAGCGUUAUUAAUUCGUUUCCAUAAUUGUGGAGAUUUAACACAGCAAGUGAUGAGCAUCAAGUCUCCUGUAAAAUUUCAAAGGAUCACUGGCUUGUCACAGUCACUGAGCAGGUGUUGGGACGUGAUGAACAGAGUGAACGCUUCUCCCCUCCUCCUCCAUGUGAUGACGGGCUGACUGACUGUACCACUGAAGCAAUGGUUUUCAGUCACUUUCACCAGCAACAAAGCAGCAACGGCCGUAUACUGACGUAAACCAUCCAGCACAGCAUCGGAGGAAUAAGGCGUUCUGAUCCGGGACACUUGGAAUCGAAACAGUAAGACCUAAAAUUACGAACCAACAAACAAUAAGGAUGGAAAUGGACUGCCAAGAACAAAAAAGGGUGUCGGCGGUCUCCAACCCUGCGAUUCUGACACCAUAAUCCGGGGAAAUCAGAUAGCUAGAUCUGCUAUGAAACGACAUGUAUUCUGAAGGGAGAGUUAUGAUAAGAGUUGCUGCAGGGUGCCGCAGAGCCUGGCUGCUCUAUUAUAGGUAGUUUAAUGAUUUUAUGGUAAUUACGGUCUUCGGGGUGGGGAUGGAUGAAUGAACGGCUCUGAUAUGAUUGUGUUAAGUCAGUGACCACCAUUGGCAGGGUAAGCUACAUGUCAUAGUGAAAAAUCUACCUAUACCGCAUUCUGGCAACUGCAGCUACAGGCAAUUGAAUUGCACAUGGUGGCUAAAUGUAUUCAAACAAACCAAUUCAAAUUUUGAAUGAAAACUGCAGCAAAUGUAAUCAUGGCAUUUUCUUAUUAAACUCGUGUUGGUAGUAGCAAUUCGUUAACGCAGGUCUUGCGCCGAAACAUAUGCUCUGAAAAAGACUAAAUACGUGACGCAUCUAACGCUGGGAAUCCUUCCCAUCAGCUGAAACAGCCUACCUAUUUCGCGGCUCGAGGAAGCGCUAUAAAGAAGGAACAUGACUCAUUUGCAAGCGGGCUUAUCCCCAGAAACGCUGGAGAAAGCCAAGGUGGAGUUGAAAGAAAACCCUGAUACUUUGCAUCAAGACAUACAGGAGGUGAGGGAUAUGAUUAUCACGCGCCCAGAUAUUGGCUUUCUCAGGACAGACGAUGCUUUCAUCCUGAGAUUCCUCAGAGCGCGGAAAUUUAACCAUUUCGAGGCGUUCCGGUUGCUCGCUCAGUAUUUUGAAUACCGGCAACAAAACCUGGAUAUGUUCAAAAACUUGAAAGCGACUGACCCAGGCAUCAAGCAAGCUCUCAAAGACGGGUUCCCGGGGGUACUGUCCAACUUGGACCGAUAUGGCAGGAAAAUUCUGGUUCUAUUCGCCGCAAACUGGGAUCAGAGCAGGUACACAUUUGUGGAUAUAUUGCGGGCGAUUCUCUUGUCUCUGGAGACCAUGAUAGAGGACCCUGAGCUGCAGGUGAAUGGAUUUGUGUUGAUAAUUGACUGGAGCAACUUCACCUUUAAGCAAGCUUCGAAACUAACGCCAAGCAUGCUGCGACUUGCCAUAGAAGGCCUUCAGGAUAGCUUCCCAGCCAGGUUCGGAGGAAUCCAUUUUGUCAAUCAGCCAUGGUACAUCCACGCUCUCUACACGGUCAUAAGGCCCUUUCUGAAGGACAAGACAAGAAAACGGAUUUUCAUGCACGGUAACAAUCUGAACAGCCUGCACCAGCUGAUUCACCCAGAGAUCCUGCCCUCAGAGCUGGGCGGUAUGCUACCCCCCUAUGACAUGGGCACCUGGGCUCGCACCCUGCUGGACCACGCCUACGACGAGGAGCCCGAGUACUGCCCCGAGUCGUACACCCUCUCCGUGAAGGACCUGGAGAAGGACCUGUCCCCCAAAACCAUGAAGAGGUCCCAGUCGGUGGUGGAGCCUGGAGUGCUUAAACGGCCAGAAAAAGUGAAGAGCGAGGAAGAGAACCUGCAGCCACUGCUUUCACUGGACUAAAUGAAACAUCGCCCCCUACCAGUGCGGAGGCAAAGUGCACCGUGUUCCCCUAAUUCAUGUACAGAACAAAAAAAUAAAAAACAAGAAACAGGGAGGGUGAAAGGGAACACGAGAAGAAUAUGUCUUGUAUGAAGCAGAGGUCAAAAUCAUGGAUUCACCUGAAUAUUGCCAACGGGAACAGGAAGUGAUGGAAGUGUCCCACAUGUUAUUGCUAAGUGCCAACACAAAACUGUAAAUACACCUCAGUACACUUUGGAUUUUGGAAGCUAUUGUAACAGCGAGAGACCGUGUACAGACUGAUGUGAAUAUUCCAUAUGUUUUUUGUUGUGAAGUGUUCUGUGACGAGCUGUAGGUCGUUGGGGUACGACGCCCAGGACAACUGAAGAUGUGGUUCAUGUGGUGUUGGGAGCAUCCGGUCAGACAAGAGAACUGGUGCAGCUCAGGGUCUGAAUAACCGAAAAGGCAAAUGAGGCUGAGCUGGUGACCGUGAAAUCCUGAACAGGAGUGAUCUGGAGCUCUGUUACUCAGAGGCGACAGUAGGCCGUAAUCUGGAUGUCCGUUCACGUCGAUUCCCAAACUGUGGUUCGUGCUGAUUGAUUUCUGUUGAAUUCAGCUGUUUUUCUUUGGUCACAGUCAAAGAGAAAUUCAGGUUCUUUUGCAUCUUUAGAGCAAAUAGCCCUUUACACAGGGAGGUGCAAGGAAACAAUUGUAUGCUGGAGGACAUAUUUGUUAUUAUGUCUGCAGAAUAUUAAAUAGAAUGCUCAAUUUUCCUAGUCUACGUUGUAGAAAGAAGUGUCUUUCCUGUAAAUUAUUAAGGGAGUUUCCAACAAUAAGACACUAAACAGCAGUUUUAGGAGUGCUAACCUUAACUUUAUGGUAAUUCAAGUCUAUGAAAGUAUUCAUGUUUGUUAAAUUAUGCAAUUCAGUCUAACGUAAAAAAAAGUAUACUCUAGUACAUUAUUUAUUUGGAAGUCAAGAACUGAUAUUGAGUUUGCAAUUUUUUUCAGUGAAGGGCAUGUUAUUAUUAGCAUAGCAGGUGUUACAGUGACACACUAACUGUCCCAGACAAUUUAUGAUGAGGAUCUGUCCAAUAGAAAUUAAUUCUGAAUGCACUCACAUGUUUGACAGUCUUUCUCUAGUUUCAGUGGUUUGUGCUGGCAUCAGAAGAACAGAGGUAUUGAGCAGUGCACUACCAAGUGUAUGGAAUGUUACUUGAAAAAUAAUUUAAAUAUAUAGAUAUAUAAAUAUAAUUUUUCACAUGUACUAUUUUAUGAUGUUGAACUUGUACAUUAAUGUACACUCAUACAGUAUGUGAAGGUUUUGGGAUGGUUUGUAGGGCGGGUGAAUUCAAUACCAUGGUGUCCUAUUAGAAAUGAGUGCGUUUAAAUUUUUCACUAUUCUUCCUUUCACGUGUCACUGAAGACCCAGGCAAAGGUCAGUGGACAUCUUUGCACCGACAGAGCAAUGCUGGUUAUGUCACAAGUACUGACUCUGAUGUACUGUAUGUGUAGCUGUCUCACUACAGACUAGAUAGGCCUCUCCAUCCAAGAACAUAGAAAGUCGUACUGAAAAGCCUAGUGCAGCUCGCUGCGAGUCUGAGAGAGAACUAUAGCGACUUCUCCAUACCCUUGGGCAUUUUGUGGUGUCAGUGGUGCGUAGUCUUUCUGUAAUAUUUAAAGACAAGGUUCAGAGAUGUGUCAAAAUAGGAAAGAAAAGCAGAUGUCAUGUGCAACUGAACAAGUGAAGUAUUAAAGAUGGUAAGAACGUGGCUUAAAUGAGAUCAGUGCAGAAACUCAAAAGUAUUUGCAUGAGUUUUUUGGUCCAAGUGUUUUAGGGCAUUGAAUGAUUCUCUGCAAUGAUUCUUUGUUGCCUUUGUAUUUCCUCUCAGACCAUAAAACAUUUGAGUUUUUUUUUUUUUUUUUAAAGCCAAAUAAUACUAUUUAAUAAGGCUCCCAAAACAAAACCACAUCAUGGUGUAUUAAAUAAAACAUUCAAUUUAUUUCAAAACAUUGAAUAUGGUGUUCCACUGUGUACAACUUUCAUUUGGUCUACAGAGGUUUUCUUUCUUAACCAAAGCUUCACAGGCUAUGAAUAAUAAUUAAAUAAAAAAGAAUGUUUUGCUUUAACCUUGGGCUAAAUGAAUGGUAUAAUUACAAUCGAUUUUAUGAAAGUGUAUACAUGUUUUAAUUUAAACUUUUUACGUCGCAUACUGUAAAUAAGAAAGGAAAGACAGCGAAACCCAUCUUUAACAUCUCUUAGUGUUUAGGGCUGCUCGUGCGGUGCUAGUGGAGGGACACUUUGUGAUUGCGGAGGCUUUCAGUAACUAUUCCUCUGUUUGGCUACUGCCUGUGAUUCACAGUGAGAGUGUAGGUGGGUGUUAUGUGUGUAAAUGUCAUUACAGGGGACAUGCUGAAAUAAUUUACGUAACUGAAACAAGCAGACAAAAAGUAAACAACAAUAAAUAUUGACACCCUUGUUUGAAA